AUGGACAAGUUAUUUGUCAAUAUCACCCAUUUGCUCGAUAAGCUCACCACCCACAAUCAAGCUUGGCAUUCAAAUGAUAACGAGAGCUUGUCUUAUGGUAGUUCAUCACUAGCUGCGGUUGCAAAGGAGAACCAUGAGAGGGAUCAUGCCUUUGCUCAAUUGCAAACUAAGGUGGAUCUACUAUCAAAGAAAUUGGCAGAUAAGGAUGCACAGAGGGUAAAUGUUGUUGAGGAGUUACCACCUCCUCCACCAGGGAUGUAUCAAGUCCCUGAAGGGAUGUACCAAGAAGGGAAACAACAUUAUGAAGAUGCUAACUAUGUCAACAACUCCAAAGGGAGUUAUCAGAGGCAAAAUUAUCAAGGUCCAGGACAUCACCCAUGGCAGAAGCCUCAACACCAAUUUCAUGGAAACAAUUACAACAGAAAUGAUCAAGGAAAUCCCAAUCAAGGGAAUUACAAUAACAGGAAUUAUGGCAACAAGAGCUCUAACCCCUAUAUUCUACCAAAGGCGCAAUCGUCAAAUUCUCAGCAGUGGAGAGACAAUUCAGCUAGAAACUCUGCUAGCAAUGCUGCUAAUGAUUCUGCUGAGUCAAGAAGAGCAUGA